CUUUUGUAAAAUCAUCCUGUUGCGACUAAACAUUUUUACAAUUGUACAUUUAUAAUUUGCACUUCGAUUAUCUCUUAGUCUAAUUUUCUUUUGCAGGAUCCUGACGAAAAGCAGAUUUUGCUCAGCUGUUGAUUCAACAGAUGAAUUUUAAAGGCAGACAUUAGCCAAGUAUUACUUAACUGAUCAUCUUUCCCUGUUUUUCAAGACGGCGAUGGUGUAGUGGAGCAGCUGGCGGCCAAAUUCAAAACCCCUGAAAUAGCCGAAUCCUUUAAGAAGACCUUCUGUGAGUGUCAGAGCCGCACAGGCCAAUCUGAAGGAGACACCUCAAGUGUCUUGUCACCACAAAUGUCCAGAGUUCAAGAGCACUCCAGGGACACAAACCCCCAGGUGUACCUCAAAGUGGCAGGCGACGGAGAACCACUGGGCACUAUCACCGUCGAGCUUUUCUCUCAUAUUGUCCCUAAGACAGCGGAGAACUUCAGGGCUCUCUGCACCGGCGAGAAAGGCUUUGGACUUCGGGACUCAAUCUUCCACAGAGUCAUACCGGACUUCAUGUGUCAGGGCGGUGACAUCACCAAAAGUGAUGGCACAGGAGGAAAGUCCAUCUAUGGCAGCAAGUUUGAGGACGAGAACUUCGAUGUGCGGCACACGGGCCCAGGCAUUCUGUCAAUGGCCAAUCGCGGGCGAGACACCAACAACUCACAAUUCUUCAUCACCCUGAAGAAAGCUGAACACCUGGACUUCAAACACGUGGCUUUCGGCUGGGUUCGGGAUGGCAUGGACGUGGUGCAACAGAUGGGAGCGCUUGGCACAAAGGGAGGUACCCCCGCAAAGAAGCUGGUCAUCACAGACUGUGGACAGCUGUAGCUUUUUAAAUGUCAACAUUCACAGCAUGGUUUAAGCUGUGAAGUUGAGGUCAAAAAAGACUCUGGAUAAUGAUGUGUUCCCUCCUGCUAAAACUGAAUCCAUAGUCAUUAGGCAUCUGAGAAUUAAACACUGAUCACAGGGCUUCUGGUCACGACCCUUUAUCAGAGAAAUUCGCUCCAGUAGCCUGGACUUAGAAAUUAUUUUGCUAUCGUUUGACAUAAUCACAGUUGGGAAACACGGUGUGGUAUGUGGGUGGAGCAAAACUGGUAUAUUUUUGCUCUGUUGCACUUGCAUCUUCAUCAUCGUCUGUCAAUAAAUUCCCAUUUGUUUAUUUUAUGUGUAUAAUUGUACAUGGACACUUUUUUAAUGUCUGUUUUUGUUGUUUUGUCUUGCAUGUGCUCAAUUUGAAUGUGCUGGUCCUCUUUAUAGGCUCCACUCGGGUAUUUUUUUCCCUUUUUGACUAAGUCUUAACUAUAAUUGAAAGGUGAGGUUGUUCUUUGAAAGCACCUGUUGGUUUGUAACCGUUUCCUUGCCUUCUUUCCAAACGCGGCCUCUGUGUAUAUUUUCCUGUUGGGCUUCCCCAGUGAUUUUUCUUUUGUGUAAGUGGAUUUCAUAAUGUGCAGAUAAUUGGACUUUACACUUGCCCACAUAAACUUGAGUCAUCUCACUGUGUUGCCCAGUGGACAGGAGGUGGCUAGAUGAUGACAACAUCACAUCUGGUUUGGAUUUUGCAAAGGCGUUCCAUUAUGGUUUGAGAUAAUCACAAAGUUGAAAUGGUGCUUGUACCAAAAUAAUACGCUAAUAAAGGAGAAAUAAAAUGCUUUACAAGUAA